ACCAUAGGAUUUUAACACCUCCUACUUGACUCUGUGCAGCAGGCAGAGCUGUUACCUAGUUACAGGCAAGAGACGGUGCGACCUGCGUGCAGUUCUAAUGUUGCGUGGUGACUUUCAGGCUUCAGUCAGUCUGUGAACAGACGGGAGGACGAAACUCACCGGGAGACACACCGGAGAACCGGAGCGGCUGAGGAUGAGAAUAAAACACGUCCUGACACGGAAUAAACGAAGCGCACCUGCACAUCUUCUCGCGUUGUUUCAUCUUUAAAUCCUAAAGCACACAGGACGAGAGCUCAGGAGGAUCGUGGUUCGGAAAGUCUCAGUUUAAAGCAGAACAGAUGGGAGGGAGCUGAGGUGGCAGAAGGACAAAGCAACAGAAAGAGCACAUCCAAAGGUGUCAUCUCACUUUCCGAUGGAGACGAUGGAUGAAAUGUGGGAGAACGGCAGCUCUGCCAGCCCCUCGCCAGGACUCCCCCUGUUUCUGCUCAUGUUCAACGACAGUGAUCUGAACGAGACGCUGUUCAAUGCCACCAACUCCACCAACACCACCGUCCCAGAUGUCUCCUCUGGUCCCAGCGUGGCAGGGGUCCUUAUCCCACUCAUAUAUAUAAUUGUUUGUAUCAUCGGCUUGGGUGGAAACACUUUGGUGAUUCACAUUGUGCUGCACUACUCAAAGAUAGAGUCAGUGACCAACAUCUACAUCCUCAACUUAGCCAUUGCGGAUGAGCUCUUCAUGCUCGGUCUGCCUUUCCUGGCGGUUCAGAACACCCUCCAGUCGUGGCCGUUUGGCUCUUUCAUGUGUCGUCUGGUCAUGACUGUUGACACAAUCAACCAGUUCACCAGCAUCUUCUGCCUGACCGUGAUGAGCAUCGAUCGCUACCUGGCCGUAGUCCACCCAAUUCGGUCUUCAAAGUGGCGGCGACCACAGGUGGCCAAAGUGGUGAAUGGCACCGUGUGGGCUCUCUCGUUUCUUGUAGUUCUGCCUGUGGUUAUCUUUGCCAACAUCCAAAAGGCAGGAGGUACCUGUAACAUUGCCUGGCCGCAGCCGGCCAACAUCUGGCGGGCGGCUUUCAUCAUUUACACCUCUACAGUUGGAUUCUUUUGCCCUCUUCUGAUCAUCUGCCUCUGCUACCUGCUCAUCGUCUUCAAGAUCCGCAGCUCGGGCAAAAAAGUCCACGCCACCUCAACCAAGAGAAGGAAGUCAGAGAGAAAAGUGACACGCAUGGUUGUGAUUGUUGUUGCCGUGUUCGUCUUCUGCUGGCUGCCUUUCUACGCCCUCAACAUCAUCAACCUGCUGGUGUCCCUGCCCCCGGACUACCAGGGUCUUUACUAUUUUGUUGUAGUGCUCGGCUACGCUAACAGCUGCGCCAACCCCAUCGUCUACGGUUUCUUGUCAGACAACUUCAAGAGGGGUUUCCGGAAAGCCCUCUGCCGCUCCACGAGGAAGGUGGAGAACCACGAGCCCCUGGAGCGCCAGCAGCAGCAGGAGGAGGGGAGGACGGCGCUCAUGCCCAGGGAGAGCCUGAGACGGGCAAUCAGGGACGAAGAGGACGAUGACGAGGAGGACGUCUCAGAAAUGACUGAAAUCUACAGGAUUGCCGAAAAUGGCAACAACGGCUUCAAGCCACAGUGCUCACAGCCGCUGUUCACAGAAAGAGGAGCGACUCCAGGAGCGACAGAGCCGCUGUCCCCAGAGAAGAGGGACAAAGCCGGGGACACGAAAGGAAAAGAUCAAGUCAACGGGUCCAUGCUGACUGUUCCAUUGCUUCUCAAUGGAACAAAAAACGGGAGCAUAAAACCUCUGCUGGACGAGAACGUGGAACAGAGCACUUCACUGGAGAUAAGUUACUUAUAGUAUAAAACAUGGACUGCAUGUUACUUGAAUUGAACUCAGUAUUACAACACAGGGCAGCCGGCCUCGAAUCCACAACCAUGAGCUGUUUGUAAUGGAGCAAAGUGUCCAUACAGAAACACACGAGCACUCGAAGGAGCUGCUCAAGUUUUACUGUUUAUAUUUUGUACAUAUGCAUGACUGAAUGUACAGAGUUGUGCCUUUAUUCACUUUUAUCACAUAUAUCUUGUUGAUUGUUGUAACCUUUUUAUUCCAGAAUGUGACAAUCGUUUGCUUUAUGUUGGCUGUAAUUAAGCUUUAUUAUUUCAAGAAUCCCAUGCCUGCAACCCCAUCUCCUAUUAAUCAUGUUUAGAAACUAAUAGCCAGUUACUUUUUCAAGCAAACUGUUGCCAGGAUUAUGCUGGAUUAUUAUGUGUGAUAAGGUUCAGUCAACAAAAGCACUUUGGUUAAAGGUUAGUGAAACAUCGUUGUUUCAGUUAAAUGUUAAUAAACCUGUUGCGCUUCACUGAUUUAGAUUUUUCUGGUAUUAAACCAACUCUGAUCUAGAUCCAGUCCCUAAAUCUUAAUUUAAUUACUACAGAUUAAAUAUCUUAACAUUAAGGUCAGAGGGGAUGAUUUGAGGUGAGGUUAGAAAAGGUGACUUAACAGGCAGCAUAACAGGCAGAAGAUUUAUUAUUUUAUUUAUUAUUUCCUAUGAUGUUUGAUGUUUAAAGUGUGCAACACAGAAACCUGCAUGAAGACACAAAGCUGUCUGGGCGAGAAACGGCGAUGAACAUCAACAUCGGUUAAUUUAAUUAGUGAAUCAUUUAAACUCCAAAUCCUUUCAGAUAAAUUAUGACCUUAGAUCAAAUUAAUGUUUUUUUUGUCAGAGAAUCUAUUCAUGUUUUAUACAACAGGUCUGAGUGAAUUUUUUUCGAUUCAUCAGGGAGAAUUCAAAGUAUGAAAUUAUUCAUGCGUGCCACUUAAAAAUGAAUCUGUUGGAUAGAGCGGACCUUGCAUGAGGCCGAAUGUUUAAAUCAUUAUGUUAAUAAAAAAAUAUAAUUCAGAACAAAACAUAUUAGCUGUAUAUAAACAUGAUUUCUAAGAGACAGGGUUGCAUACCUUCACAUUAUUUCUUGAAUAUAAACAAACUUUGUAUGAAUAUAAGCUUUUAUGUGUAUAGAUUAUUCAGGCCCUGACUUUGGGUGUUCUUUAAAAUUAAUAUAAGCUAUGUUGUAGCUGAAAUUGUGUCUGUGGUGAAGGAUUUUCAUUGUCUCUUACAUUAUAGUUGGAAAAAUGCACCCGUGUGAUGACAGAAUCUGACGAGGUUAGACGAUAAACUAGCCCGCGCUGCUUGCAGAUCGAGAACUGGAAUGGAAACGAACGCUUUAAUAAUUUCUGUUGAUUAUAAACAAACAAAAAAAAAACAUAUUUUCCUGUGUCGUAUUCUAGUUUGUCAUGUUGAGAUGAAUUCUUUGUUACAUCCUGUACAACUGUGACACAUUAAAAGUUAAUAAUUGACCAUUUUGUUAUCAACAAAACCUUUUACUGAACAUGGGUGAUGGACUGUUUCAAGAAUGUCAGUUAUCGUGUAAAACAAACUCAAAUAUAAAUUACACAGUGUUCAAGUCACACUGGUUUUGAC